AUGAAGAGAGAAACAACAUAUGCACUCUCUUUUCUUGUUCUCUUACUCUUUUCUAUAUUACUUUUCAACUUCGUGUACCCUUUUGAUCGACAGCUUCUUUCUCGCUUUGCUUUCUUACCACAUAAAUCAACACUCUUCAGAGCCUGCGACUAUUCCAAUGGCCAUUGGGUAUUGGAUGAAACAUACCCACGUCAAUUGUACGAUGAAAACUGUCCCUUUCUUGAUCCUGGAUUUCGGUGCCACCAAAAUGGACGCAAAAAUGUAAGUUUUCGUAAAUGGAGAUGGCAACCUCAUGGCUGUGACAUUCCCCGAUUCAAUGCCAGAGAUAUCCUAGAAAAGAAUCGCAAUGGACGCAUUGUGUUUGCGGGUGAUUCGGUGGGAAGAAACCAAUGGGAGUCUUUACUAUGCAUGCUGACCAAAGGGGUUUCAAAUGUAUCUGAAAUAUAUGAAGUGAAUGGAAGUCCCAUUAGCAAACACAAGGGUUACCUGGCCAUGAGGUUUAAGGAAUAUAACACGACAGUAGAGUACUACAGGGUACCCUUCUUGUGUAGAAUAGGUCGUCCACCACUUAACUCUUCCAAUCAUGUUCGAAGUACUAUCAGGCUUGACGAGUUGCACUGGUAUUCCAAUAAAUGGGUAGGAGCAAAUGUUCUUAUUUUCAAUUCAGGGCAUUGGUGGAACCAAGACAAGACUAUCAAGUCGAGCAUCUACUUCCAGGAAGGAGGAAAGGUAAACAUGACGAUGAACGUGAAGGAAGCAUUUACGAGAUUCCUACAGACAUGGAAAUCAUGGGCACUGCAUAAUCUAGAUCCUGGCAGUUUCGUCUUCUUUCGUAGCUAUUCCUCCGUUCAUUUCAGGAAUGGCACAUGGGAUGAUGGAGGACACUGUCACAAGGAGAAACAGCCAGAAAAUGACCCCACAAAACUUGAAACUGAACCAUAUUACAACAUAUUUAUAUCUGAUGUUGUCAAAGAGAUGCAAUAUGGGAACCGGAAAGCCCACUUUUUGAACAUCACAUAUCUUUCAGAGUUCAGGAUAGAUGGUCACCCUUCCAAGUAUCGGGAACCAGGCACUCCACCUAAUGCCCCACAGGACUGUAGCCACUGGUGCUUACCAGGAGUGCCAGACACGUGGAAUGAACUUCUCUAUGCCCAACUCCUAUCUGAGAAAUUUGAUAUCAACAAAAAUUUUCCAGAGAGAGGAUAACAAAGCGGUCCAAUUUUCAU